AUGGAGAAGUGCAAGUGGGAUGAUGCUGGUACCAGCAGCAUGAAAAGGGUUGCUGUGUUGGGUGGAGCCUUGGCUAUUGCAAACCUGGUAGGGAAAGAUUACAAGUUCUUUACGGAGAGAAUCAAUUUGGCAGAUGAUGGAGCGGAAAGGCUGCAUCAAAAUUCGCGUUCCACAAACAAUGGUAUAUCAGAUAUUGUUAUCCUGGAGGUUACAAUAAAUGAUAGAGAGCAAGAAAUAAUUGGAGUAACUGGUGGUUACGGUGAUGUUGAGGAGAGUUCUCGACCAGAAACUGAGCAUGGUGUAAUGAACGUGCUUGAGAAUGAGAGCGAUGAUUCUUUGGUGGUGAAAACCAUUGACAUACAGGAUGGGGAGGUCGGUACAGAUGUAGAACAGGAGACAGCUGAAAAAGAGUCUACACUGCAAGAACCGUCUUUGUCAUUAUCAGAAGAGAGAUACUCAUUUUCAGCAGUGGAAGAUGAUGCAGAAGAAAAUCCACUCAUUCAAUCGUUGGUUUCAACGCAGGAAGAAGAUGGUGAAGAGAGACAUUCGCCAAGGUCAUUGUCAUUUUCAACCGUAGAAGAAGAAGAAAAAGAAGAAGAAGAAGAUUCAUCAGUGGAAUCACCACUUUCAGAGGAAGAAGAAGAAGAAGUUGAUGGUGGUGGUGAUUCACCAUUGCAGUCAUCUUCAACAGAAGAAGAAGAUUAUGAUGAUGAUGAGGAGGGGGAGGAUGGUGGUGGAGAGGAUGAUGAAGAAGAAGAUUCACUGGUGGAAUCACCAUUUUCAGAAGAAGAAGAUGGUGGUGGUGAUUCACCAUUGCAAUCAUCAACUUCAACUUCAACAGAAGAAGAAUAUUAUGAUGAUGAUGAUGAGCAUGGUGGUGGAGAGGAUAAUGAAGAAGAAGAUUCACCGAUGGAAUCACCAUUUUCGGAAGAAGAAGAAGAACAAGAAGAUGGUGAGGAUGAAGAAGAAGAAGAUUCACCGAUGGAAUCACCAUUUUCAGAAGAAGAAGAAGAUGGUGGUGCUGGUGGUGAUGAUUCACCAUUACAAUCAGCAGCUUCAACAGAAGAAGACGAAGAAUAUUCACCGCUGCUAUCAGGACUUUCAGAGGAAGAAGAAGAAGAAGACUCACCGCGGCAAUCAUCAUCAUUCUCAACAGGGGAAGAAGAUGAAGAAGAAGAAUAUUCACGAGUGCAAUCAUUCGUUUCAACAGAAGAUGAAUAUUCACCAACGCGAUCGACUCUUUCAGCAGCAGCAGCAGAAGUUACAGAAACAGAAGAAGAGAGCUCAGAAAAGACAUGGAGCUCUUCCCCAUAA